ACGCUUCAGAUUUGGGGCAGUCAACCUCAGAAAUGCUGCCAGCUCUGGUCCUAUUCGAGAUCCCUUGAAGAGGUAGUACAAUUCAAAAAAGCCUUCCUUCCAUGUCUGGAAUUUAAGCCAUUUCAUAAAAGAUGAUGUUAUUAGCUUUGAAGUAUUGAACAAGUUGCUGGAGUACAGAAAGCAGAUUUCAUAGUCAGAUGGGUAACUGAAUAAACCAAUUGCUUAAGUGAACUGAAUCUGCUUUUUGUGAUGAAAGAAGAAGUUGUUGGAGCAGAUUUUCAAACUUUAGGCUCUGGUAGUCAUUGAAUGGUAUACCCAGCCCAACUUCUCGACAAGCUUCAAACAUGACAUCCCCAAGGAACCGGACAGAAGAACAUCCAGUUAUGUUCUCCAUUUGAUAAUCUGACCUUAGCAAGUAACCAUAAAAUAGCAGAUUUGGAACACUUGGGGCAUUGAGGACCAUUCUGGUUCCUUGGUUGAAUACAGAAGAGCUAUCAGAGAUCCCAAAAGAGUAAGACAACAAUCUGGAGCAACAUGGAUGCAGAGAUCUUUAGUCCUGUUGCAAUCGGACAAGAACAAAUAUUCAAGGACAGGAGUUCUAGAAGUGAGUGUAAGGAUUGCAUUCUCAGGUCACAAAAGGUGAGCCUCAAGCUAGUUAAUGAUUUACGGUUGAGAACAUGGGGGACUAAGUGAUAACAAGGAUCUCCAUCAUUCACACUGAAGUCAAGAUGUAAUUCUUCAACAUGUUUUCCUAUCGCAAAUAGGAUCCAUGAAUCUACAGAUGAAGACAUUUCAGGAGUCAAAAUUGAUGAAUUUCAUCCUUAAGACUAUGUAAAAGAUGGCUGCAACUACAAGUAGCCCGUGGAAAGGGAAAUCCUGUAGUAAUUGGCAAGCAUAAACCAACCUUUUUGUGCCAGUGCCAUCAAAUUAAAACCCAAGCAGUGUUGAAUCUGUUUAUGUUAUGUGGUUCAACCGAAUCAAAUAGAGAAGGAGGCAUUGGAAGUGGUGAAUUUCAGGCUUUGGAAUCGAUUGUCAACCCUUGCAGGGUCAUGAAGGUUGGCCAUGAAAGUAGAAAGGUUAUAGAGUAGCCCUCCCAUUUGUUUGCACAUUCAAGGUUUGAACUUGAAUUCUGUAACGUAGAAAUCUCAUGCUUGAACCCUUGGUCGUUCUCCUAAGAGUAGAAUUGCGGA